CAUAACUUUGAUGUCCACUACUGUGAUGACUAGGUUUGUGCUCAGUACUUGCAAGAGCAGCUACUCACUGUCCAAAGCUGUAGCUGGAAUCACCGUCGUCGGGUUUUGGAUCCAACCUACCUGUUAAGAGUAGAGCCACUUUCAGAAUCAUGCUGAGUGCGGUCAGAAGUUCUCCUGUCGCAGAUGGCAGAGGGACCUCAAGGCCAACACAAGAUAAUACCAGGACCAAACCAGCAUCCAUCAACAAUCCUAGCCUAAGGCCAAAAUCCAGCUUUGUUGUGUUGUCCAAACCUGGAGAUGGAGUGCGCCACCAGAUGAACACUACCACUAUUCUGGCUUUGAGUGAUAAUCAACCCGAUUCAGUCAGUGGAAAUCCCCUUCCAUUGCCUGACAUCAUGCCAAGUCAGGCCACCAGCCCAUGUGUGUCCAUGCGGCGCCACAAGAGCACUACAGACUUGCCAUACAGCCCACAGCGCGGGUACAUACGUGGCCAGAGGCCUAGUAUUUGCACUCCCACUGAGGCUGAAAUGGAGCUUUUGAGGCGCUGCUCCUUACACGAGGCUAACAUUAGUCCAUGUUGUCGCCAUGCGCUUAGUGUUCCCAACAUGACUAGCCUAAACACCAACCCUCUGUGCAGUGCCACAGCCACUCCAUCCCGCAGUGCCCUCUGCACACCUGUGCGAGAAAUAGAGUGUAGCGCUAAAGCGCGAAGCAAGCUAAUAGAGACAGAGACUGCACAGACUCCCACCUGCCCUCCGGAGCUUCGCGAGCAGUACCGCUAUGUGUCCAAGGAUGGGAAGUGUCGGGUAGACUUGGCACACAUGGCUGAGAGAGAACGCUUCUUGGCGGACAUCUUUACCUCCUUUGUGGACCUUCAGUACAGAUGGUUUCUCUUUGUCUUCAUGAUGUGCUAUGCAGUCACUUGGUUUAUCUUUGCAGGGCUGUAUUCACUAAAUGCAUUCUUGCGUGGAGAUCUUGAAAUUCCUCCAAAGAGUGCUGAUGAUGUACUGGCAGGUCGUGAGGUAUGUUACCCCAAUGUGGAUGGCUUUGUAUCAGCGUUGCUCUUCUCAGUAGAAACACAAAGAACAAUUGGCUACGGUGCCCGUACUGUCUCUCCAAGCUGCCAUGAAGGUGUACUUUUGGUCAUGGCACAGUGCAUAGUGGGAUCCAUGAUUGACGCCCUCAUGGUGGGCUGCAUGUUUGUCAAGAUUUCGCGUCCCAAGAAACGUGCAGAAACGCUUCUUUUUAGCCGAACUUGUGUUGUGGCCAACCGUGACGACCGUCUCUGCCUUAUGUUCCGUCUUGGUGACCUGCGUGAUAGCCACAUGGUAGAUGCCAAAGUACGCGCUAAACUCAUCAAGUCUCGGCAAACAUCUGAGGGUGAAUUUCUCCCCUUGGAGCAGUCCGAGAUAAACCUUGGCUACGAGAGUGGCUCUGACCGUCUAUUUCUGGUGGAGCCCCAGGUCAUUCAACACACCAUAGAUUCUAACAGUCCUUUCUGGGAGCUUGGCCCUGGGCAGCUACGGAAGCAACAGUUUGAGAUCAUCGUCAUCUUGGAGGGUAUUGUGGAAGCCACAGGAAUGAUGUGCCAAGCAAAAACCUCCUACAUCGAGACGGAGAUAGAGUGGGGAGCCCGUUUCGAGCCGUGCAUGACACUGGAGAAGGGGGCAUUCCGGGUCGACUUGCGACGCUUCCACAGCACCUAUCCAGUGCCUCUUCCGCCGUGCAGUGCGAGAGAUGCGAACCACCUACAGACUCUGCAAGCGGGACUAGAGCUUCAGGAAUCUCUCAAAGAGAGUGUCAACUGGAUAUUAGGCGGGAAUGAUCAAGAAGACAACACUGUGAAACCGCCAGGAGUGCGCGCGUUCACUAUCGACAACAUCCAGGAGGAGCGAGUGUCUGAAGUGAACGAAUGCGAUUCUCCUUAGUUAGAUUCUCGCACAAGAUAUUGUUGUUUUUAAAUUGUUUGGGAGAUAAUUUGUACGAUCAUGGCUGGAUCUUAAAGGUGAUGGAUAGACAUUUAUUUGCUAAUAAUGCUAGUAGGUGCAUAUAUGUUGUGGCCAAACUUAUUAUAAAGUGUAUAGAAAUUAAUGAAUGUCAAGUAAUGAGGUGGAUGAGAACAUAGAGCUAAUAAGUUUGCUUAAAAAAGUAAACAGUAUUUUUCUUGGCAUCUCGUCCAUACUGUAUUAUACUGUUUAAUAGAUUCAAUAAAUCUAUUUUACACGCAAAAUAGACAUAUAGUAGAAUCAUUUCAUUCCUACGAAGACCUGGGGGCAGUUUACAUCAAACACGUUUGCGUUGUUGCGGCGCGUUUUCUAGACGCCGUGUCAUGUUAAAAGAACGUCUGCUUUAACAAGUGCGCCUCGAGACAUCUGCGUUCAGUGCUGUGUUGGGCUGCGUCUUACUCC